AGUUCAGGAUCAUAAAAACACAAGAGAUACAGGAACAUUAAUUCACAACCUAAUAACUCUUGGACAACAAUGUCAGCAGAAGACAUCAGCAUGUUCUGUAAUAAUAUUACCAAGACAAAUGUUCCAUCAUCCACAACAAAUCACGCCACGCUAAUAAAUGGAACAUUGUUAAUAGUUCAAAAUCAUAGAGAAGUACCUCAUCAACUCAAAAGGAAUAUUAGACAUAAAGUUACAGUCAGCGACACGGUACCAAAAUAUCAGACCUCCCAAUUUAAGUUUGCAUCAUUUGUUGAACCAAGAUGUUUCAGAUGAAAAGGUAGUCCAGUUCAAUACCUUCAGUUCCUAACUAUUGCAUCACAGUGGGUUCACCUUUCAUUAGUACUUUUUACUUUCCGCAAUUUUGCUAUAAGAGCUCUCUUCAUUCAUUUAUUGAACAUAAUUAUGUGAAUAGGGUCUUAAUAAGUUCUAAUAUGCAAAGUAAUGUAGUUCCGCUUUCUCAAUCCAGGAAAUGCAUUGUUGGAACUAGUUUGGAAAGACAAGCAAAUCUACAUUAGGGGGCCCUUCAUAUACCCAAAUGUAAUGUGAUAUUUCACAAUCAUAUAUAUGUGUGUGCGCGCACGAGUGCUUGUACGCAUCUAAUGCAACUGAGUAUCUAUUCUACAGGAAUUAGUAAUGCCAAAUUAUUUAUUCCCAGGGAGGAAAUGGAAUAUGCAAGUUCAGAAUGCAACCAAUCAAAUAAGUAAACACUCAAAGAUUUAACACCAGAUGUGCAGAAUAGCUAAAAGAACCAUAAGGUAUGAAAGAAACCUUCCUGUUCGGAAUGGAGUAGUCUAGCAGAACAAAGGGAAGUCCACACAGGGAAACCUGGGAUUUUUAGCAUUUUACAGAAAUGGUUUCACCAAAUUUAAAUUUUCCAAUAAGUCACUUGCCAGGUGGCAGUUCUGCCACAUCACAUCAACCAAUCCGCGUCCACCAUUCCACUCUGACAUUUCUAUAUAAACCCCCUUCUAACAUUCCGCCGUUUCAUCACAUUUUUAGGGCUCUGAAUCAUUAAACGCAUUUUGAAAGAUGAGGACCACAGCCACCGCCUCCACCAAGGGUAGCAGAGGCAAGUCCAAGGCCUCCAAGUACGUUUCCCGUUCCUCAAAGGCAGGCCUCCAAUUCCCUGUUGGUAGAAUCGCCCGAUUCCUCAAGGUCGGAAAUUAUUCCGACCGUAUCAGUGCUGGAGCCCCUGUUUACCUAUCCGCCGUUCUUGAAUACUUGGCCGCUGAGCUUUUGGAGCUUUCGGGGGAUUCGGCAAAGGACAGCAAGAAGAACCGAAUUGUACCAAGAGACAUAGAGCUGGCAGUGCGAAAUGAUGACGAGUUGAGCCGGCUCCUAGAGAGAGUAACGAUUCCAUAUGCCGGAGUUACACCCCAUAUCCAUCACUUUCUUUACCCUAAAAGCAAUGAAGGAAGGGACGGAGAGAUUGGCUCUGGAUCGCAGCAACUCUAGGGCUUUUUAAGGUUGAACCGUUUGUAACUGAGAUCAUGAAAUUGGUGUAGAGUUGUUCAAAACUCGAUGUCUCCUUUAAUGGCAUUCUAUCAGAAAUCAUCCUUUAUUGUGA